UCCCUAGCCCACACAAAGCUCUGCCUUUCCAACGGUGGAAUCCUUAGGGUCAGGGCCAAACACCCUGGCUGUCUGUUAGGUUGAUCUUGCCUUUCGAUCCAAUCUCAGAAUGUGGGUCUCUUGCCCUCCCGUGCCAGCCCACAGGUACAUUCCACAGGAAGUGGCUACUUGACUAGGGCAUGGAUAGGGAGGGCCAGAUGUGAGGGUCAGGUAGGGUGCCCCUCUGCCUCCACCCUGCUGUCUUCCACAAGAGAGCCUGAAGCCUGCCCCUCAAGUCCCAACAUUCCGUACGUGACCUCACCGGAUAUCGAUGACCUGAUAGGCCGCACUGUUGCCGUGGCAGCAGGAGUACGCAAACAGUGUUCCUGGAGAAGCACUCCUACCAGUUGGUGACCAGAUAGCGGUCUGGCUGCCUGAGAAUGUCUGGCUGGAUCAACCAUAUGCGGUGUGGCUUAUCCUCUGUGCCCUGGGAGGGCUGCGCAGCAGGUAGGCCUAGGCGGGACACCUGUACAAGAGUCAUUGGUGGGCACACAGCCUCACCUGCCUGCCACAUGUUCCUUUCGGGCCUGCCCGCAACACCUCGGAACCUCCCCGGCUGUACACGACAGAGGGAAGGUCCUGGAGCAGCAGCGGGUUCCCCUUCUCCUACACCGGGCUACUGUCACCUCCCCUACCAAGGGCGUGGUGAAACCCAGGUGACCUGGCAUGGGGAGACGUACUGCCUGGUUGGUGGCUGCCGGUCUUAUGGGGAUGCACCUAUGGCCACCCCGGCAAAGGUGAAAGCAGAGAAGCCAGUCCCCAGGCGGGCUCCCAAGAGACAUGCAACUUCAGCGUCAGACGAAGAGCUUGGCUGCCCCCCGCCCAAAAUUCGGCGGCUGCAACAUCGUGGCAAGGGGCUGACCCCACAGAAGCUUGCUGGCCAUGCCACUUGUGACACUGGAACCGGAGCUGCCCUGAAUGAGCCUUCCUCAAGAGACCCAGAAGAGCUGCUCCCAGAGAAGGAACAAAAUGGGAAGAGUUGAGCAGCACCUCCAACGGAGGCCCACAGGCUUCUUUAUUCCCUGCCCUUCCUGACCCCACUAUGGCCCCGUAGCAUAAACAAAAUGGCUUUCUGUUACAGUGUUUGACUUUAAAUCCAGCUUGUCCAAGGCCAGGCCCCAAAACUCCCUGUUCCAUUAAAGUGUAUUCCCACAUGGCAUACCCGAUCCUUUAAGACCUUA